AUGGAACGUCAACUACCGACGCGUGGGGUACGCGUUCUUGAUACACAGAUAGCACCAGAGCGCCAUGGAGUGAAGCGUGAAUACCACGACCAGAGUACGCCUUCUGCGGACAGUACACAAGUAAACGAGGGUUUCAAAUUCCUGGCUGUGCCUACCGAGACCGAUGAUCUUGAAGCGACAUGUACGAAGCUUAAAGAGCUAGCUAAAACCGUCGAGCAAGGCAACAGUCUCGCACUAUUCACGGGACUGAAAUUGGCAACAUACCCAUCGAAAAGCGACCCGGAGAGCGUGGCCAUGAGCCAGCUGACACCGGAAGAGCUGUGGAUGUAUGAGACCUGGAAGGAGAUGAAGAUGAUACAAGACGCCGAGUCAACGAAUGGUGACCGUUCCUGCGGCGAAGAGGAUCGCAAUGGUAUGAAACUCCCAUACUUCGACUGGGAACAGAACGUGGCGCCGGUGCCCCAGGGAGCUCAGAGUCUCAAGAGGUUUACGCAACGGGCGGCGGCCAUGGAUGUGGUCUUUGGCCAUCAAGGCGCUACACCUGAAAAUGCUUCCUGGCUCACGUCGCACAUGAUAUUCAUGUUACCCCUUGUCAAAGCUGUUACAAAGAUCACCAACAUUAAGAAGAACCUCAAAAAUAAUCAUCAGUCGCGGCAUACGCGUGGACUGACAGACAUGGAGGCGGCUGAGGUUGAAACGGCGCGCAAAUUGGUAGCUAUCGCGACUAAAAAUCGGGCUCGCGAAAUGGAGAAGAUUCGCCGGUUAACUAAAUCGAUCGAGGAAGAUGCUUUAAUAAUCAGAGGCCGCGCCGAAGCUCUGGAGAGAUCGAGGCACACCUCGACUGUGCCUCAUCGAUGA